GUCCGCACCUCCAGGAGCCGGUGUUCAAACCUCGAGCAGCCGGUGUUCAAACCUCCAGGAGCCGGUGUUCAAACCUCCAGGAGCCGGUGAACAAACCUCGAGCAGCCGGUGUUCAAACCUCCAGGAGCCCGGAGCUCCACCGACAUGUUCCGGUGUUUGACGGCAGUGAAGUGCAGAUGUUCGCGGAGCUGCUCGGUGGAUUAUCGGUGAUUUGCACUUGACACCGCCCGGACCUGCUCGACCCACACCGGGGUUUCCUGCUCGGUCGUCGGGGCGGAGAGGAGCGGGGAGCAGGCAGCCUCCUCCCGCAGCCGGACGCGUGGAACCACCGCGAAUGAAACAGUUGCGUUGGUGAGAAAGGCCCCGGCACCUGGAGGAUCACUGAAGAGGGGAUUUACACGCAGGGACACGCUCCGUGCUCGUGGGUGUAGUUUCUCACAGUGGAACCGGAGCCGUGCGCGGAUCCUACCGGGACUUGAGAGGAACCUACCCGGAAUCCGAGCUGUCCCCCCCCGGCCCCUGUCCUCUCUGGAUGUCUCUCAGCCGGUCCCUCUGCGCGUGUGGCUCCAGGUGUUUGUGCGUCGCAGCCACUUUGAGAAUCGGAGUAAGAUCCACUGCGCUUUGGGAGUUUUCCUCCAUCCACCCCCCCCCUGCUUCUCCCCGCUUCCUGCGGCUCAGACCACCUGGAUCCCCCGGCUUUCUCCCCCGGUGGAGCGCACUGCUGCUCCGGUAAAUCGGUGUCUAACCGGUCCCUCGCGCACGCACCCACCCCCGGAAAACUCCCCUCUCUCCGCGCGAGGAGGAGAGCAGGAGUUGGGACGAGCUGCGGAGCCCGAUCGCCUCCUUUUUGUAUUUUCUCUUUUUGUGAUUUAACUCAUCUGUGAGUGGACGGAGCCGGAGGAAGGAGGGGUCGUGGACCGGAGGACCGGAGACCGGAGGACCGGAGGACCGGGAGAUGGAUGAAGGUGUCAGGAAGGAUUGACCUGGCGACCAGAUGACACAAAGGUGGGAGGAGGGUGUCCUUGUUAGCUUGUCAUCCUGUUGUAACCCCCGAGGCCAGUGACGUGACUGGAAUGUGAAUUCCCCCUCUGAAGCUCUGACUCCACCUGAGGACGUCCUGCUGCCCCAGGAAACUCAGGCGAUCGCAGCAGACUGUGACAGACGGCCGGCUCAGCCAAUGACACACUUGGAGGACAUUUAACGCACGUGUGCAGUUUCUCUGGACAGACGUGCGUUGGCGUGUGAGCCCAACGAGGACGUGCACGAGAACCCGGAUGAGCGGCGGCGCUGCUUCUGGCCUCGUGAGAAUAGGACGGCCCCCCCUCCCCCUGAUAGAGAGGUAGGCCACUGGUCGUUGCAGAUUAAAUCCGGCCCCUGCAUCGCAGAGGACUUGAUCCUGAUUGGCUCCCCAUCCUUUAGAGACACUGAACCCCCGACCAUCAGCUGGAGAGCAGCCAUGGAUGUCAUCUCCUCGGUGGUCUCCCCUCUCCUCCUCCUCGUCAUCCUCCUGUCCUCCCUCGCCUCCUGCACCUCCUCCAUGCUGUGCCCGAAGCGGUGCACCUGCCAGAACCUGCUGCCGUCCUACACGGUGCUGUGUGCCAAGACGGGCCUCCUCUUUGUCCCGCCAAACAUCGACCGCCAGACGGCAGAGCUCAGGCUGAUGGACAACUUCAUCACGACGCUGAGGCACCGCGACUUUGCCAACAUGACCAGCCUGAUCCAUCUGACCCUGAGCAGAAACACCAUCAGUCAGAUCCGGCCGUACGCCUUCGCCGACCUCCAGGACCUCCACGCGCUCCACCUGGACGCCAACCGCCUCACGUCCCUGGACGACUCCCACUUCCAGGGCCUGGUGAACCUGCGGCACCUCAUCCUGGCCAACAACCAGCUGCACAGCAUCACAGACGGAGCCUUUCAGGACUUCCUGGAGACGCUGGAGGACCUGGAUCUGAGCUACAACAACCUGGUGAACAUCCCCUGGGAGACCGUCGGCCUGUUGGUCAGUGUCAACACCCUGAGUCUGGACCACAACCUGAUCGAGAGCGUCCCAGAGGGAAUCUUCUCCAACCUGCACAAGCUGGCCAGACUGGACAUGACGUCCAACAAGCUGAAGAAGAUUCCUCCCGACCCGUUGUUCCUGCGGAUCCCAGUGUACGCUAAGCUGAAGGGUUCCCCUCUCACAGCGCUGGUGUUGAGCUUCGGAGGGAACCCCCUGCACUGUAACUGUGAGCUGAUGUGGCUCCGCAGGCUGACCCGGGAGGACGACCUGGAGACCUGCGCGUCACCCAAAGACCUGGCGGGGAAAUACUUCUGGACCAUCAAAGAGGAAGAGUUUGUUUGUGAGCCACCGAUGAUAACUCGCCACACCUCCAAGAUGUUUGUGAUGGAGGGUCAGGAGGUCAGCCUGCGCUGCAAGUCCAUCGGAGAUCCCGAACCUUCCACGCACUGGGUCAGUCCGGACGGAAAGUUGAUCGGAAACACGUCCAGAACCGUCUGCUACGAGAACGGCUCGCUGGACAUCCUCAAGGCCUCGGUCAAGGAUUCUGGAAAGUUCACAUGCAUAGUGUCUAACGCAGCCGGCGAGGCCACUGCUCCUGUGGAGCUGGUCGUUAAUCCGUCUCCACACUUUGACCCCAAACUGGACCCUGACCCGGGGCCGUCGGACAUCCCCACCUCCAUCAAGUCCAACGUCAGCGGAGGCCACGCCCGGUCGGACCAGCAGAGGGUCAGCGUGUCGGAUGUAACAUCCAGCUCUGCGACCAUCAGGUGGCCCCCGCAGAACCACAUCCCAGGAGUCCGCAUGUACCAGAUCCAGUACAACAGCUCCACAGACGAUAUACUCAUAUACAGGAUGAUCCCAGCCAACCACAAGUACUUCCUGCUGAGCGACCUGGCGUCCUCGCGAGACUACGAGCUGUGUGUCCUGGCCGUGUACGAUGACGGAAUCACGGCCCUGACGGGCACCAAGCUGGUGGGCUGUGUGUCCUUCUCCACGGAGACGGAGUACGGACGCUGUCACUCUAUACGAGACCAGUUCCUUGGUGGCACCAUGAUCAUCAUCAUCGGGGGGAUCAUCGUGGCCUCUGUCCUCGUCUUCAUCUUCAUCCUCCUGAUGAAGUACAAGCUGCACAGUAACCACUACAAACAGAAGGCCGCCGCACGCCACGCCAACGUCUGCUCGCAGACCAACGGAGGAGGAGGAGGAGGAGGAGGCAACGUCCUCGCUCUGCCUCCAUCCUCCUCCUCUGCGGGACAAGGUAACUGGUGGAAACAUGACUCUGUCUUCUCUUUGUUUCCUGCUCCUGAUAAUCUGACUCCGACUUCUUGUCUCUCAGGUGGAGGUGCACAUAAAAUCUCCCAACCGUCGUCCUCCGGAGGGAUGGGAGGGGCUUCUCGAGGGACAACUGUAGUGGACUUAAAUCCCACCCACGAAGACGACGCCAUCUCCCAAUAACACACGAGGAACUGUCAAACCCACCGAUCGUUAAGCCCAGACCAAUAUUUCACCUCCCGCCCCCCCUUUUUUUUUAUUUGUUGCCGGUGCCUCGAGCCAGACUCCACUUUACGCUGAGGAGCGGCUCCUGUCAUUGAUUUACUUACAUUCAGCUUCACAACGCUGGAGGGAGAAGAGGCGGGAGAGGUUCCUCCAGGUUCCUCCAGGUUCCUUCAGGUUCCUUCAGGUUCCCCGGUGGGUGACACCGUCACAUCCGCCUCGUGAGCUCCACUGAUCAGGUUCAACCUCGAGACACGUUCUGCCCUCUGACGCCAGAACCUCCGUUCACACGCAGACAGGAUGUGACGUGAACAUCCUGGAACAACCAGAGGAGGAUCCACAGCCGACCUGUCGUCUCCUCUCCGCUGGGAUCAGACAUGGUGGAUUCAGGUCAGACUCCGGGAUUUGAACCCUGCUCGUGUUUGGUGCUUUUCUGGGUCUUGGAACCUUGGAUCAGAGGAAUGUGAGCGAACACGAUCUGGAAUCGCUUCUUCUUUUCUGGAGGAAGAGUCACGUGGUCUCACGGUGCCCCGGUGGUGACGGGUGGAUUAAGUCACCACAUUUGAAUCUGUGUGGACACAAAAUGCUUCACGGGGGACAUACUGAACGGAUCACUAUGGAUUUGGGAAACACAUUCAAUGAGACCUUUCCAGGGUGUUGUGGGUUGUGGUUUGUCGAUGGUUGGUGGCACCGCUCUUCUCUUUCCAACAGCACACAGUCAUAUGCCAAAGGAUUACUGCAGUAUUUUGACAGCAUUAUUGCAAUAUCGGGAGAAUACACAGACUUUCAAAAGCACAGCCCUCGAAUAUCUCUGCGCCGUGAAAGAGGAACUACAUGUUGGGCCUUGGAUUGAAGAUACGAGCACAAUGUCAACGUCUUGUCUCAAAGCAUCAAUAAUAACAAACUGUCGAACUAAACGUGAACUUCUCUGGCACUUUAAUCGUAUGUUUUCAUUUCAUCUCUCCCCCUUCCCACUUUCUCUCUCUUUCUCUCAUUUCAUGAACAACUGAAUUGUAUACUCUCCACUAUUACCAGUCUAACUCUUAUGGCUGUGGAUGACCUAGAUAAUGUUGAAAUAAUCCGUGUGUUUGCGUUCAUGGUGGAAUGGUUCUCUCUACGUUGGAGUAUUACAAAACGUUGGUGUCCCGAGAACGGAGCCUUGAGGAACACCGGCGGUGGAUUUAUUCAAAGCCAAACUUAAAGCACACGCGUCCGACUCUGCGUUUGUGAAAAUGGUGAAUUCUGAUGUUCUGACACUGGAAAGCAGCUGCACGUGUACGAAACACUGGUGAACUUGCUACGAAGUGUUGCUACGACUAAACGCUGGCACUCGAAAUUGUUAUAUGUAUUAAAGCGGUUGUAAAAGAUGGCCAGCAGAACUUGCGCUGUCCCAUCCCCCUUGCUCCCCUUCGCUCCCCCUUUGCCGUUUGACAGUGUCUGUGUUUGUAUGUGACAUACACCUUACAGUCUUCAAUGGUUUGAUACCCACGAUUUACUUUGAAUAUAACGAAACAAAUGACCAGAACAAGGAGAAAACACAACACGUGAAAUGGGGAUUUUAUGCUUUCAUAGAUACAAUUAUGUGGAUUUAUAAUGAAAUAAAAAGGUAUUUUUCUUGGAAAA